AAUUAUCGUGACAAAAUGGAUUCUAGUGAUGAAAAUGAAACUGUUCAACCUUUUUUGAAAGGAGAAGUAGAAGUAGAAAAUGAUGAAGUGUAUUGUGCGAAGAAUGGGGCGCGAAAAGGAAAACAAGACUGGAAAAUAUAUAGCGUAUGCGCGGUUAUUUGCCUGGUAUUGUUUCUUAUUGGCUUUGGUUUUGGCUUUUUAACUGCUCAUAUGCAGUCUCAAGACACAUCUAAUGCAACAUCUCAAUUGAAUAGAACAGGAUUAUGCCCUCCUGGAGGUUUUCCUCUACUGCUUGUCUCACUAGAUGGCUUUAGAAGUGAUUACCUCAACAGGGGAUGUACUCCCCACUUACUUUCGAUUGUGAGAGAUGGGGUGCGAGCCAAGUUUUUGCAGUCUCAGUUUCCAACAAAGACGUUUCCUAAUCAUUACAGCAUUAUAACUGGCUUGUAUCCGGAGAGUCAUGGGAUUGUGCACAAUCGCUUUUAUGAUCCGGCACUUAAUGACACUUUCUACAUUGGUGGACCUUCGUCUCAUAAUCCAGACUGGUGGAAUGAAGGAGAGCCAUUGUGGGUAACUGCAACAAACCAAGGCUUGAAAACAGCUACAUACUUUUGGCCAGGAUCAGAUGUGGAGAUACGAAAUUUGAGGCCAGAUCAUUGGUAUCUCUAUAACAGUUCUGUAUCUUGGAGUGAUCGAGUGAAUACUGUAUUGCAAUGGCUAGAUCUACCAGAUAGCAAACGGCCAUCAUUUAUUGCUUUGUAUGUUGAAGAACCAGAUCACACAGGACACAUUUCAGGGCCAGAGUCACAUGAAGUGAAUAUUGCACUUACAAAAGUUGACUCUUUGGUUAUCAAACCUCUUGUCAAUGGUUUAAAAGAGAGAGGAAUUUAUGACUGUGUGAAUAUGAUAAUUGUUUCAGAUCAUGGAAUGACUGCAGUGAACACGGAUCAAGUUUUGUUUGCUGACAAGUGUUUCCCUCUCAGUCAGACAUCAUUUAUAGUAGAAGGUCCGGUGUCUCUAGUUGACUCGGCUCAUGGAGUCAAGUCCACGAGUUUUGUGAACAGAAACUACAGCCAGUGUUUGGAUAAGAAUUCGCAAUUCUAUUUAAAGGAAGACCUUCCAAAGCGUUUCCAUUAUGCUAACAACAAACGUAUAUCAUCAGGUGUUGUACUUGCAGACUUGGGAUGGAGAAUUUUGCUAAGAGGUGAUUAUUCUGAUUGGCAAAAGCAAGAGCGUGGUGCUCAUGGUUAUGAUAACUUGGAAACAAACAUGAAGGCUCUUUUUAUUGCCAGAGGUCCUCAUUUCAAGAAAAACAUUACUGUGGAAGGAUUUCCAAACAUCGAGAUAUACAAUCUUAUGGCAGAUUUGCUAAAUAUUACUGCUGCUCCAAACAAUGGUACUCGAGGCAGCCUUAGUCAUUUACUGAAAGAACCACCAGACAUGGUUUCCGACAGCAUUCGUAUCACAUGUGGCAGCUGUAGCACAGUCCCGUUUGUUGCCUACAACAUAUCUUCAAGAGGUGAUGAUCGUGUAUGUCCAUACUCACAGGUUCAAAUGAGGAAUCUAACUGCAAUUGACUCUCUCUUGUUUGCCCCCUCGUCUGUUGAGAAACAAUUUCAGGCAAUUCAUGUGCCUUGGGGCGUUCCACAAAGACAAAAAACAGAUGAAUGUGGUAAAAUUUGUGUCCUUACACAAUCUUCUUAUGUGAUUGGGUAUGACAGAGACUUCCACAUUCCAUUGUGGGUUUCAUAUAGAUUAGAAGCAAAGAACUUGAACAUUUCUAUUGGCAGGAAGAACUCCUUUCGUCGUGAUCCUCGAUUGAGUUCUUCUGACUCAGCAAGCUGUGCUGAUUACUAUAAAUCAGGGUUUGACAGAGGCCACCUCGCCCCUAAUGGUGAUAUGAACUAUGACUACAUGGCUAUGGCUAAAACGUUCUACUUGUCUAAUGUGGCACCUCAAUAUCAUUCUUUUAAUGCAGGAAUUUGGUUGUAUGCUGAAGAACUCACUCGGUCUCUUGCAAACUUAUAUGGAACUGUUUUCGUCAUUUCUGGAAGUAUAUUUGACAAUGACAGUGAUGGUCUAGAAGAUGAUCGAAAUCAACAAAAGAACUGGUUGCACGGUCAUACAGACUCGGCUGCAAUACCUACCCACUUCUUUAAAAUUAUUGCCAGAUGUGAAGGUGGACAGUUUGCUACUGCUGAAUUGCAAAAUGGCUUCACUUCUCCUGUUUGUCUUGGUCGCUUGCAAACUUUGAACUUUGUGCUUCCUCAUAGCAGUGAAAUCAUUUCUAAGGAAAAUCAUUCUAGCUAUUUGCUGAACAACGUUGCAAGCAUUAGAGACAUAAGUCUUCUCUCUGGCUUUGACUUUUUCCCCUACCUAUCUCAUAGUCAGAAGGCAAGUCUCCAGUGUUUAGUUCCAAUGAGCGUAUGGUCUCCACAAUAAACAACAGGUGCCAUAAUGUAGACUGGAAUAUGAUUGUAAUACAUUGUAUUAUUAUGAUAAAGUCUAAGAGAUGUUUGGUAUUGUUUUGUAUUGGUAUGUAGUGCUAGUCUGUAGCAACGUUUUGAUUAUUUAAUUGAACUGUAAGGUGUACUCUUUGUAGUUGCUGCUAGAAAUAGAGAAGGUAUGCAAAUGUAAUGUUUUGGAGAA